UAGAUUCCAUUAAAAUUAAACUUCAUUAGUUAUGACUUGAGCUUGCUUGAAGGAAACGGCAAAAUUGCACAUGUAAAUGUUUAUUAUGAAAAAAGUGAUAAUUUUAAUAUAUCUUUUCGUCGCGUGCUUACGUUCUGAAACAGUGGUCGAUUCGGAUGUUUCUGCGCAGUAUAAAGCGGAGGUGAAGGAGGAAGAAGCUGUUCUCAAUGAUAACGACACUCAAAUAUUGAACGCAACUCUGUUUAAAUCGGUCAAAAAGUAUUAUUGCCGUGAUGAAACUGUAGAUUUGACGGAUGCAGAGCUCCUUGUGUACGGCACCAGGGCUUGGACGUUUCCGCCGCAAGACGUGAAUCUCACGCUAAGCUAUCCAUCGGAAAAUUUCCAGCGAGACGAGACUCAGGAAGAUCAUAUAGAUUAUUUACUGACAGGACUCAAAGUGGUUUUCCACCUCUCAGGAGUUGACAGCAAGGGGUACAUAACUAGUGGAGGGAUGCACCAGGACAACAUAAGCAUGACGUUUGUAUUCCGAAACAUAACCAGUCUGUCUUACCAGUUCUACUUACAUGGAAUCCAGAGAAGCUUGCUCAACAUCACGGAGAACUACACUACGACCGUAAAUUUGUGUUAAAGCUAUAAAUAAAUGGUAGAUA